AUGCGUCUUGAUGAGAGGUACGUUCCGUACUUGCAGAUGGCCGGCUUGUACCAUCUUGCGAGACUGAACGACAGAUGGUUCCGACUAGACGAGCCCCUAGUCAGUGCAUUCGUCGAGAGGUGGCGGCCUGAGACGCACACCUUCCACAUGCCGUUCGGAGAGUGCACCAUCACGCUGCAGGACGUCGCAUACCAGCUGGGGUUGCCGGUGGACGGUCAUUACGUUAGUGGUUGCCUGACAGACUUCCACCUAUACAUUGAGGGUGGGAGGCCUGCUUGGACGUGGUUCCAUGAGUUGCUCGCUGUCUUACCUCCUGAAAACCAAAUUCAAAAAUUCGUAGUGAACUGCACAUGGUUCCAGGAGACAUUUGGAGAGUGUCCCGACGGGGCUGAUGAGGAGACAGUUAGGCGCUUUGCACGUGCCUAUAUCAUGAUGUUGUUGGGGACGCAACUGUUUGCCGACAAGUCCGGCAAUCGUAUACACAUCAGAUGGCUACCCUUUGUUGCUAGACUUGAGGAGAUGGGUGGCUACAGUUGGGUGUCGGCGGCACUAGCAUGGUUGUAUCGAUGCAUGUGCCGAGUCGCCAACAGACAUGUCGUGAAGUUAGCUGGGCCGUUACAGUUACUGCAGUCUUGGAUCUUUUGGAGGUGGGAGAGAAAGAAGGACCAUGACUCAGCAUUCUCACCCUCAACUAGUGCGAAUGCCACAGGGAGUAUGUUGGAAUUCCCGUCCUGUGCAAUCGCCACAAGCAACAUUCCGCCAUACUUGCCAUAUAGAUGGGUGCCGUCAAUACUCACCAACGGUUUGCAAUGA